UUUGCAACGAACGCAACACCGUAGCUCCCGAUCUCCCCCCCAAAAUAAAAAGCAACAAAACCCCAAUUGAGAGUCGGCGCCAAACGAAAUCGAAAGAGUAACCGAAACAGAAACAGAGUCUUUUACAGCUCUUCCGCUCCACAAAACAGUUAAAUUGGAGAAAAAGUAAAAGAAAUAGAAAAAGCCAAGAAGGCGGGCGACAAAAAACGCGCGCGCAUCUGUGCUAAAUAAUAUAAAAAUAAAAUUUAUGAAAAGUGCAGCCAGCAAGCAGAAGUCACGAAGAAAAAUUAACCCAGCAACUUAUCUGCUCUUCGUCAAAUGCCCAAAGAGUUCAAAGAAGGAGCUAAACUAAAGCAUAAAUAAAUACAUACAUGAGAAAAUAGUUUAAAUCAUUAUUUGCGAGUGUGUUCGGUGCAAAAAUCAACGAAAGUGCAAAAAAGUGCAAUUCAUCUCGAUGAGAAAUGUGACUAAAAAAAUCAAAGAAAAUCAGUUAAUAAAUCCCAUAUAAAUAGGAGGAGAGAGCGAAGCUGAAACACCCAAAGACAACGAUUAAAAGCGCAUAGCGGUAAACUCUCACUCCCCCGAUUAAGCGAGUGAAACCAGAACCGAUAGACGAUAUCCGAUUUCCGAUAUCUGAUAGCCACAACAUGAGCAUCAUCGAUAACGGAAAGUAUCGCCUGCGCAAAGACUGGGCCAGCGCCUCGAUACCAUCGCUGGUGAACAUCGACGAGCACGAAGGCGAUGCCGCCGAUGAGAGCAGCCUGAACAUCACAGCCCCACUGCCGCCCCAAAAGCCGCCGCGACGCAGUUCCCUGGCGCUGGGCCUCUUCUCGGGCCUCAAAUCGGACAAAAGCCAAAAGAGACGCAGCUCCAUUGCAGUCUCUUUUCUACGUCGCGAUAGCAGUAAGAACUCUACCAAAGACUCGUAUGAAUCGGCUGUGCGCAGCGAGAAGAGCGACGGCAGUGGCACUCCCACCAACAGUCCCGAGAUCCCUGUAUACAGCUCGGAGGAGAAUAUACGCGCCAGUUCCCCGAAUGACCCCGGCAAACAGACAUAUUUUGAGGAUGGCAGCCAGACGCCGCGUCCUGUGCUCCAGGGCCUUAACUCCUCCUAUGAGGCGGCGCCCCAGCGUCGUCGUCGCAGCUCCCUGCAGACGAAACUUGAUCGCCAUCGGCGCAAGAAAAUGGAGUACAUAAAUCAGCGGAGUCUCGACUCCACGGCGGGCAUGACCUACAGCGAGUCCCAGAGCGACCUCACGAACGAUAGUAGCGUUGCCCGGCAUGCCGAUGACGAGGAGGAGAACGAGGACGAUGAUAUCAUUGAUCCCCGCGAGCAUGGGGAGUACUUUCCGCGCGAGAAGCGACACUCCUGGUGGAAUAUAUUUGUGCCAGAUAAUUUCAAAAACAGGUCACGUAGGGCUAGUCAAGAUGUUUCCAGUUUGUCACGCAGUGUUGACAAUUUGGCGAUACCCGUUCGCAGGAGCAAAUCGCGUAGCGUGGAUCAUGGCCUGGCGGCUCCGUUUGACUUGGAUUCGCUGCGCUCAAAGGUGGAGCAGCGUUUCGAGAGUGUGGACAAGCUAUCAAGGCAAAAGUCUUCAUUGCCCACCAUACCCACCAUUUCCUAUACCGUGGGCAAUCGCGACACAUUGACCUCGGUGGCGGCCCGCUUCGAUACGACCCCAUCGGAGCUGACGCACCUGAACCGAUUGAACAGCUCCUUCAUCUAUCCGGGACAGCAGCUGCUGGUGCCCGACAAGAGUGCCAAAGAUGAGGAUGGAGCCAGCAGCUCCACCAACGAGGGGGCCGACGGCGGGGGCAGCAUCUCGGGCAAGUCCAGUCCCAUUGAGCGCAAGCUGUCUGGCGACGAGAGCCGGGAAAGAGACAUACUGGAGGGUCUGCGCCCCGGAUCCCCCAAGCCGGGCCACAUCGAGCGCGUGGGCGGCAACAGCCAGGCCGAGGACGAGGCCAACAAGAGCGAUGAUCCGGUCAUUACGCAACGCUUCCUCAAGAUCAACGUCCGUCACAUCACCGACGGCCAGGGCGUUGUGGGCGGCGUCCUGCUGGUCACCCCCAAUGCCGUCAUGUUCGAUCCGAAUGUCAGCGAUCCGCUGGUGAUCGAACACCAGGCGGAGAGCUACGGCGUGAUUGCUCCCAUGGAUCUGGUGGUGAAUGCGGCCAUUUUCCAUGACAUUGCGCACAUGCGUGUGGUGGGUGGAGCCGGUCCCAGUGUUGCUGCCGGCAGCUGCGAGGCGGAGAAGCCAGAGAUCUAUUAUCCGAAACCAGUAUUAGUCGAGGAGGACUCCAAGGAGUUGUCCGAGCAGCAGCCGCUGAUGGGCGACGAUGCCGAUGCCAGCAAAGAGCGUUUGGAGGCUGAAAUUGGUUCGUUGGAGAUUACCGAUGACCAGGAGUCACUCUGCUCCAGCACUGGACGCGAUGGUGAUGCCUUCCCCAAGGCCUUUGAGCGUGAACGUAUUGAGGACUCUUCGUUGGAAGCCAAAGAUAGCGCUAAGACUGACGCUGAGGAUGAGGAUAAGAAAACUGGCCUGGCCCUGAUAGACACUCGCACCACCCUGGAGGAGAGACGCAAGAGUCUGUUGGACCAUCACUGGGCUAUUCCGAGCAAAGACCGCUAUUGUUUGUCUAAUUCCCGAAGAUCAUCGGAAGACGAGGCCGACAACGAGUCCAACAUCACUGUGGAUAGCGGUGCCCGCAGCCAGGAUCCCCUCUCUGCUACCAGCUCGGUGAGCGGUGUACCACACAGCAGCAUAACCCUAGGGGGAUCUGCCGCCGGCACUACUUCUGGAGCAGCAGCAGCAGCUAUGUCUGGGGGACAGUUUCCAGGCGCCGGCAUGCUGCCACCACCAUCGGGCAUUGACCUGGAGCACCUGGAGCAGCUGUCGAAGCAGUCGUGCUACGACUCGGGCAUCGACAUCAGGGAGCCCGUGCCCAACGUACAGCCGAUACCAAAGAAAACCGUUUACAGCGACGCUGACAUUGUCCUCAGCUCGGACUGGGUACCACCGAAAAACAUUGUGCCGACGCACUUCAGCGAGUCGCCGCCACGCAGCACCAUUCUGGGACAGAGCCUAGACGCUGGUGCCGGUGCUGGCGGGGCACGCAAGAAGACCUCCAGCGUGAGCUUCAGUGUGGACGAUGAGGCCGCACAGCAGGCCCAGGUGCAGGCACAGGUGGCGGCCACUUUGGCCAGUGACAAGCAGUCGGAGAAGAAGAACAAGAUGCUGAAGCGCCUCUCGUACCCCCUCACGUGGGUCGAGGGCCUCACCGGCGAAGGCGGAGCUGUGCCAGCCCCUGGCAGCGGCACCGGCAGCCUCAACAAGUCGGCGGACACUGAUUCGGCGCCCAACACGGGCGACUCCAAUCAGAGUGUCUUUUCGAAAGUAUUCUCAAGCUCGCCCAUUACUCUGGUGUCAGAGCUGGGCGGGAAUCUGUUUUCGAAAACACCGUCCGAAGACUCUGGUGGCUCGCCAGUGCCGCCAUUGACUCCGCAUUCGACACAUUCCGAGGGUCAUAUGACCUAUGGACGUUCCUCAAUUGGUACCUUUAUACGUCCGCAUUCGUCGGAGGGAACCUCGUCCAGCACCAAACUGAAGGAAGCCAAGCAGGCGCCCAAGCUGGACUAUCGUUCCAUGGUCUCCAUGGAUGACAAACCCGAACUAUUUAUCAGUGUGGACAAACUCAUCCCACGUCCGGCAAGAGCCUGUCUUGACCCACCUUUGUAUUUGCGCCUGCGCAUGGGCAAGCCCAUUGGCAAGGCCAUACCGCUGCCAACCUCUGUCAUGUCCUACGGCAAGAACAAGUUGCGCGCCGAGUAUUGGUUCAGUGUGCCCAAAAAUCGCGUUGAUGAGCUCUAUCGGUUCAUAAACACCUGGGUGAAACACCUGUACGGUGAGCUGGACGAAGAGCAAAUCAAGGCGCGUGGCUUUGAGCUGAUCCAGGAGGACACUGAGUGGACAAAGAGCGGCACCACCAAGGCUGGCCUCGGCGGCGGCAGCCAGGAUGGCGAAGAGAUCAGCGACCUCACCCGCGAGUCCUGGGAGCUUAUAAAGGCACCGUUCGCCAAGACCUACAAGAUCAUUAAAACGGCUUCCCAUGCCGCAUCGCAUGACUUGGAAAUGUUGGGCGGCGAGGUGCUGUCCAUGAGCACAGAUGAAUAUCGCAAGACCUCACUGUUUGCGACUGGUUCCUUCGACCUGGACUUCCCCAUUCCCGAUCUGAUUGGCAAGACAGAGAUCCUCACCGAGGAGCAUCGCGAGAAGCUCUGCUCUCAUCUGCCAGCUCGUGCGGAGGGCUACUCCUGGUCCCUGAUCUUCAGCACAUCGCAACAUGGUUUCGCCCUCAACUCCCUGUACCGCAAGAUGGCGCGCCUGGAGAGUCCAGUUUUAAUUGUCAUCGAGGACACAGAUAAUAAUGUAUUUGGUGCCCUGACCUCCUGCUCGCUGCAUGUGUCGGAUCAUUUCUAUGGCACCGGCGAGUCCCUGCUCUACAAGUUCAAUCCCAGCUUCAAGGUAUUCCAUUGGACUGGCGAGAACAUGUACUUUAUCAAGGGCAACAUGGAGAGCCUGUCGAUUGGCGCCGGAGAUGGUCGCUUUGGUCUGUGGCUUGAUGGAGAUCUCAAUCAGGGACGAUCACAGCAUUGCAGCACAUACGGCAAUGAGCCACUGGCGCCACAAGAAGACUUUGUUAUCAAAACACUCGAAUGCUGGGCAUUUGUUUAAGUGAAUUUCUGUUGAAAGCAGCAACCAACAAACACAUAACACAUACAACACACACACACAUAUUUAUGGCGCCAUCCGCCUACCUACCUAUUUAAUUAAUUAUAUGUACUAAACAAAAACGAUAAAGAUAAUCCAACAACCUGAGAAUGAUGUCAAAAGCUAGUGUGCGUCUAAGAAAACCCUAAGAAAAGUCCACACAGCCUCCCCCAAAAAAAAAAAACCAACCCAAUCCACAAACUCCCUGGAAAGGAUUACAGGAAAAACAGCCUGUGAUAAUUUCAGGGGAGCUUGAGCGGAAAGCGUUUUUCGUUGAGGAGUUAGGUCUAUGCGUUUGAACGUAUUAAUUAUUUAGUUUUUAUAUUAUAUACUAUUAAACGAGAAGCAACUAAAUUAUGUGUUAGAUUUAAACAAGGCAUGAGAAAACCCAAAACCCAAUUCCCUUGAAGGCAAAAAAAAAAACAAGCGACACGCGGCUGGAAAAA